ACGACUGUGACAACGCUGAUCGUAAUGAUCAAACAAUUCAGUUUGAUUUUUGAUUUGUGAAUUGUUCAAAUUUAUACUAUCAGAUUAAAUCAAAUAUGAAAUUAUGAUGAUUUGCUCCAAAUUUCAUUAUACUUUGUUAAUUUUCUGUAGCAUUGUUUAUAUAAAAGUCACAGAAUCGGCGAAACAUUAUUACGAUUACGAAUGUAAUGAGCCUCUUGUUGAAGGUGCUAAACUUACUGCUACUUCAAGUUUGAGAGACAGAGGACCAGAGAAUGCCAAGUUGUAUGGAAAGUCAGCCUGGACGGCGACAGAGAGCUCGUACUACCAACACUUGACGGUAAACUUGCACGAACGCAAAGACCUACGGGCAGUCGCCACUAGAGGCCGAUCCGAUACGAAGGAAUAUGUCACAGAGUAUGUGAUACAGUACUCGGAUGAUGGAGAAAGUUGGAGAUCCGUGGCUAUGGCUGAUGGAUACGCGCAGAUGUUCCAAGGUAACAAUGACGGGAAUACCGUAGUUAAGAACGAAUUCGAAGUUCCCAUAAUAGCUCAAUACAUCCGCAUAAACCCCAUGCGAUGGCGGGACAAGAUAUCUAUGAGGGUCGAACUUUAUGGAUGCGAUUAUGUGGCCGAUACUCUAUCCUUCAACGGAUCGUCAUUAGUAAAAGUAGAUCUCCUACGGGAACCUGUAUCCGCGUCCCGGGAGGUGAUAAGAUUCCGUUUCAAGACGAGCGUCGCAUCCGGGGCGUUGAUGUACUCCCGUGGGACUCAGGGGGACUAUAUUGCGUUACAGUUGAGGGAUAACCGACUUGUGCUGAAUAUUAAUCUUGGAUCAGGGACGUUGACAUCUCUGUCAGUGGGCAGUUUGUUGGACGACAACAUCUGGCACGAUGUGGUCAUAUCGCGGAACAGGCGGGACAUCGUGUUCUCAGUGGACCGCGUGAUCGUCCAAGGACAGAUCAAGGGAGAGUUCUCCAGGCUGAAUCUGAACAGGGCUCUAUACAUCGGUGGAGUCCCCAAUUUCCAAGAAGGUCUGGUGGUGAACCAGAACUUCACGGGAUGUAUUGAGAACAUGUAUCUAAACAAUACGAAUGUGAUCCAAGAUCUCAAGCAAGGUUAUGAAUCCGGUGAACCGUUCAAGUUCCAAAAAUUUAAUACGCUGUACAGUUGUCCGGAGCCCCCCGUAGUGCCGGUGACGUUCCUUAAAGAGGGCUCGUACGUUAAACUGAGAGGCUACUCGGGCAGCGGGACCCUCAACGUGUCGCUGGAGUUCCGCACCUACGAACACCUUGGCUUACUCAUCUACCAUAAGUUCAAGAAUGACGGCCAUGUGAAGGUAUUUCUAGAAGAGGGUAAGGUGAAGGUGGAACUCUACACCUCAGGCUCCAGCAAAGUGAAACUCGACAACUACGCAGACCAAUUCAACGAUGGUCGCUGGCACUCCCUCGUGUUGACCAUGGCUCCGGAUAGCUUAGUUUUGUCCGUAGACUACAGACCCGUAAAGACUACUAAGCUGUUUAAAUUCUCUACCGGAAGCACUUACUACAUUGCAGGUGGCAAGGCUCCGCAACGAGGGUUCGUGGGCUGCAUGCGUAAGAUAGCUGUGGACGGCAACUACCGCCUGCCCACCGACUGGGCCAAGGAGGAGUACUGCUGUCCCGAUGAGUUGGUUUUCGAGGCUUGUCACAUGAUCGAUAGAUGCAACCCCAACCCGUGCGAGCACGGCGGCGUGUGCUCGCAGAGCGCGGACGAGUUCAGCUGCGACUGCGCCGCCACCGGCUACGCGGGCGCCGUCUGCCACACGCCGGUGCACCCGGUGUCGUGCGGCGCGCUGGGGCGCGCGGGCGCGGCGGGCGCGGAGGCGGGCGCGCGCCGCGCCGUGCUGCUGGACGUGGACGGCUCGGGCCCGCUGCCGCCCUUCCCCGCCACCUGCCACUUCUACUCGGACCGCAUAGUAACUGCAGUUCAUCACUCGGCGCCCCAGAGCGCGGUGGACGGCUACCAAGAGGCGGGCAGUUUCCGCCAGGACGUGAUCUAUGACGCCUCUCGAGCGCAGCUAGAAGCCCUCCUCAACCGCAGUCUCGCCUGUAGUCAGCGCCUCGAGUACAUGUGUCGACACUCGCGUUUACUCAACUCGCCCAGCACGGAGAGCGACUUCCACCCGUUCGCGUGGUGGGUGUCGCGCAGCGGGCAGCGCAUGGACCACUGGGCGGGCGCGCCGGCCGGCAGCCGCAUGUGCCAGUGCGGCGUGCUCGGCUCCUGCCUCGACCCCACCAAGUGGUGCAACUGCGACGCCGAGCACGGCCCGCUCGAGUUUCAAGUGGACGGUGGAGAUAUAACAGAAAAGGAGUUCCUACCCGUGAAGCAGCUGCGGUUCGGCGACACGGGCACGCAUCUCGACGAGAAAGAGGGUAGAUACACACUUGGGCCCCUGCUCUGUGAAGGCGAUGACCUGUUCAGCAACGCAAUAACGUUCCGCAUAGCAGACUCCGUGAUAUUGUUGCCCACCUUCGACCUUGGACACAGCGGUGACAUCUAUUUCGAGUUCCGUACCACACAGGAGAACGCUGUGCUCUUACACUCAAAGGGGCCACAAGAUUACAUUAAGCUUUCGAUCGUCGGCGGCGACCAGUUGCAAUUUCAGUUUCAAGUCGGAGACACUCCUCUAGGAGUGUCAGUAGACACGAGCAAGCGACUCUCAGACGACACAUGGCAUUCCGUCUCCAUUGAAAGAAACAGGAAGGAGGCGCGCGUGGUGGUGGACGGCGCGCUCAAGAACGAGAUCCGCACCGCCAAGGAGCCGGUGCGGGCGCUGCACCUGAGCACGGCGCUGGCGCUGGGCGCCGCGCUCGACCGCAAGGACGGCUUCGUGGGCUGCGUGCGCGCGCUGCUGCUCAACGGCCGCGCCGUGGACCUGCGCGCGCACGCCGCCAGAGGCGUGUACGGCGUGACGGCGGGCUGCGUGGGCAAGUGCGAGUCGUCGCCCUGCCUCAACAACGGCACGUGCCUGGAGCGCUACGACGGCUACUCGUGCGACUGCCGCUGGACGGCCUUCAAGGGGCCCAUCUGUGCCGACGAAAUCGGUGUCAAUCUUCGUCCAAACUCAAUGGUCAAGUACGAUUUCCUGGGCUCAUGGCGUUCGACCAUUAACGAGAAGAUCCGCGUGGGCUUCACCACCACCAACCCCAAGGGUUUCCUGCUGGGAUUCUACUCAAACAUUUCAGGAGAAUACCUAACUCUUAUGGUGUCUAAUUCUGGACAUCUUCGAGUUGUGUUCGACUUUGGCUUUGAGAGGCAGGAGAUAAUCUUCCAAGGAAAACAUUUCGGUCUCGGGCAGUACCACGAUGUACGUCUGUCUAGAAAGAACGGCGGCGCUACUAUGGUUCUACAGGUGGACAACUACGAGACUCAAGAGUACCACUUCAACGUCCGCGAGUCCGCCGACGCGCAGUUCAACAACAUCCAGUACUUGUACGUGGGCCGCAACGAGACCAUGAACGAGGGCUUCGCGGGCUGCGUCAGUCGCGUCGAGUUCGACGACAUCUACCCGCUCAAGCUGCUGUUCCAGCAGGACCCGCCGCCCAACGUGCGCGCCAUCGGGGGCUCUUUGCACGAAGACUUUUGUGGUGUUGAGCCAUUCACGCAUCCGCCUGAGCCGACAGAGACGAGACCGCCACCCCCGGCCGACCUUGCCUCAGAUCUGGAUUUCCACCGCACCGAUGAGGCCAUCCUUGGCACAUUUCACGAGUAUGUGCCCCCCCCAGCGGUGCUGGCGUUCAUCUUCCUGCUGCUGCUCGUGGUGGCCGUGGUGCUGGUGCGCGCGCUGUCGCGCCACAAGGGCGAGUACCUCACGCAGGUAAUUUAUUUUCGGAGUGAUUAGUGCUGUUGGCCCCAUCAGCCUCGACAGCGUUACCGGGUGCUGAGACCCAGCCAUGAAAGAAAAAUAAUUUAUUUAUUUAUUCAUUAACAAAAACUUAAAACUAACAU